AUGCUGCGAUGUCGAAGAUUGACUCUGGACAGUUAUGUUGAUGAGGGUACGGCCCGGGCAAACAACUUGAUCUCUUCGAAUGGCGGGUCGGUACAAAUGAAAGUUGACAGCCAGAACCCAUACAAUGGCAACGUGGCGUACUCGGGUAUCAACGGUGUUGGACGGCCGAGUGUCAGGAUUGAAAGCGUCAAGUCGUGGACACAUGGUCUCUUUGUCGCCGACAUCAAACACAUGCCUACCACGACAGAUGGCUCGGGCUGCGGUGUCUGGCCGGCAUUCUGGACUCUGGGUUCUGGCACAUGGCCUUAUAACGGAGAAGUCGACAUUAUCGAAGGCGCCAACAACCAAAACACCGUCCUCACCGCGGCCCACGUUGCUGGCACCUGCGUUAUUUCUCAAAGUCCCUUGGAAAUGACCGGUACUUCGAACGGUGUCAACUGUCAGUACGACGUCAACACGGGCGCCAAUGCCCAAGGUUGUGGUGCUUUCGACACCCACUCCAACAGCUACGGACCGGGCUUCAACUCCAACCGAGGCGGUGUCUAUGCGAUGGAGUGGACUUCGGACGCCAUCAAGAUCUGGUUCUUCCCCCGAAACUCCAUCCCUUCGGACAUCACGUCUGGAACUCCUGACCCUUCUGGUUGGGGAUUGCCGGCCUCCAUCUUCAAUGGCCCAGGCUGCGAUAUCGAUGCCAACUUUGAGGAUCACAGGAUCAUCUUUGACACCACCUUCUGCGGUGACUGGGCCGACGCGACCUGGUCCAGCGGUGGUUGUGCAGCCAGAACGGGCGUGAGUCAGUGCUCUGUCUUUGUUGGCAGCAACCCUGCGCAGUUCAGGGAGGCAUAUUGGGAUGUCAACUCUGUCAAGAUUUACCAAUCCCGACCCGUCACUACGACAACUUCAACUUCUACCACAACCUCGACUUCGACCUCGACAACUUCAACUACGACGACAACCACAACCACACUGGUCACCACGACAUCGGCACCGUCAUCAUCAUCGACCUCGACCUCGACCUCGACCACCACCACCACCACCACGACGCUGGUCACUUCAACGAGCCCCGUGUCCACCCAGUCAAGCAGCACAUCGGCACCGUCAACCGGUGGCCCUGUCAUUGACACCACCAGCUCGACGUUGACGACCACCCAGUCUAGCAGCACAUCGGCACCCACAACCGGUGGGCCUGUCAUCGACACGACCAGCUCAACCGUGACGACCACCUCGCCGUAUGUGCCCACUACAACCCCCAGCAGCUCCACCAGCCUUCCGGAGACAAGCACCACGUCGCAAUCCGUUACGGGAGGACCUUUCUUCCCCAGCAGCAGCACCAGCAGCACCAGCAGCAGUAGCAGUAGUAGCACCCAUUACGGCGGAGGGCCAGCGACGACGUCCGAGCCUUUCACCGCCACUACUACAACCUGGGCAGACUGGUCCGGCCCGAGCUCCAGCCCCGUGAGCUUCAGCACGCCCGCUUCAUCGAGCUCGUCAACGUUCCAGUGGCAAGACUGGACCACAUCGAGCAGCAAGCCUUUUGAUCCGGCGACGACAACGUCAGCAACGACCUGGGGCGACUGGAGUGACUCGGACUCGAUCGUGACCGUGACAAUUACCAGCUAUACCACCAAGACCACCACCAUCACGACCACGCAUUGCGGCUGCACCGAGACGCCCGUGCCCACGGCGUGCAUGACGACCGUGACCUUCACGCCGUCUGCCGGUUGGCCAUUCAGCAAGCCGAUCGUCGCGACCGUGCCGUGUGCAGCUCCAGCUGGAAACACCUCGCCGGCCGUCGUGCCGACCUCGACCGCUCCAGCUCCAGGACCGAGCGGAUCCUGGGGCUGGGGUAGCGGCAGCGGCAGCGGAAGCAGCAGCGGCAAACCCGUGUCGCCUGUCUCGACGGACACAGGCAGCGCGUGGGUGAGCCCGAGCGUGACCCUCGCGACCACCUUGACCGUCGCGCCCGUGCAGUCUUCGUCUGCGCCCGUGUCCGCGUCCGCGUCCGCGUGGGUCGCCGCGGCCAGCAACUCUGCCACGCCGGCCACGCCAGUCGCUCCCGCGAGCACCAGCCCCUGGGUGGCGCAGUACACCGGUGCAGCGGGCCGCACGACGCUGAACGGCCUUGCCAUGCUCUCGGCCAUCGCGGUCGCGCUGCUCGGCGUGUUUGCUCUGUAA